UCAUUUUAUAUUUAUUUGCUGUUAAAAAUGGUUAUGAAUAUUUUUUAAUUAAUUAAUUAAUUUCCAUGCAUUCUUCACAUUUACUGACGUUAUAAUUGUUGCUUUCAUUGUUUAGACCUGACAUUUUCGCCCCAUUUAAACUUUAAUACCUUCUCCCUUCAAAACCUAUUGUAGUUAGCACAUGGCAAUGUGUUAACUAUUGAUCAGGCCUGGUUGUUUUCAGUAAAGUAGUGCUGCAGGGGACACCGGAAAAUCAUUUUAAGAUAUUGCAUAUUUGUUUUGAAAUGUUGGGAAAUUGUUCAUAGGGAGGGUUUUGAUAUUUUUCCAAGUUCAAUCAGAUUUGAAGAAUUUGAUUGGAUAACAUGCUAUCUAUGGUGGAGAUAUAUGUCUGUAAUGUACAUGUAACGUUAUGAUGCGUAAAAUGCCCCACUUUGUUUGAUAUGUGCGCUAUAAAGAACGGUGCUUGUUUGGUGUUUGGCUUUCCUUUCAAUGGCAGUUAACACAGCAGAACUGAUGGUACGUGAUAUCCGUGUGGUCAGAGCCAGAUAACUUUCAUGUGGCACGAUAGCAAAGAUAGCUGGAAAUUAUUGCUAUGUCCUGGCAAAGACUGCGUGAAACAGCCGUGUAAACACGGAAUGGAGAAAAGGGGAUUUGUGUGCAUUUACGGUGGCGUGUAACACGAGAGAUUGUUUUCUCUUGUUUUUAAAGCGUGCCAUAGCAGGCUAUCACUGGAAAUCACUGAUGCACAAGUCAGAUGCUUUAAAUGCAGGUCUGUAUGUCCGCAAAGCAGCGGCUCGUCAUUGUUUGUGCACUGCGUUAUAUGCAUUUCCCUUUCUUGCUGAUGCAUUGCUGUUUUGGCGUGAUUUUGUUUCCCCUUUCGUUACUUUAUUAUAACUCAACACGUUUCAAAUUCCAACAACCCAUACUCACGACACUAGCUAUUGGAAACAGCCCUUUGUUUGUGUUAAGCUUAAUUUUGUCUCGGCUUGGAUUUCACAUCCACUUUCUGUUCGACCGGAGGGGGAUUUUUUCACAUGCAGCAAAACCUCACCCGCAUUAGUUUGUCUCCACGCAGCAAACACGUAAGUUGAUUGGUUUUGCUUUAUAUACUGAGAUUUAAUAAGGAAAACAUCAACGUAAGCCAGACCAAGUGGUGCUGGUGGUACCAAUGCCAUGCUUUCCAUUGGUUCCUGUUUACAUGAUGCCCACAGGAUGCGCGGUGAUUGGUGGCGCUUCACACGUGACCAGGCAACUUUGUACAUUUGACAGGGAGUAGGAGGGUUUUGUGGAGAUCAGAAAAACGACAGCGCGAUAAAAAUUAGUAUUGUUGCACUUCACAAAUUAAUGACCAUGAGUUCCUACUUGAUAAACUCCAACUAUAUCGAGCCUUCCUUUCCUCCAUGCGACGAAUAUCAGCAGAGCGGAUACAUCCCCAACCCCGGUGAUUACUACGAGCGGUCAAAAGAUACGGGCUUCCCCCAUCACGACGAGCAAUCCUAUCCGAGGUCAAACUACACAGAAACGGGAUAUGAUUACGGCAACGUUCCCGCCGCGGGACUCGACGAUUUCGGCGAGGGACACCACGCACAGCCGCAACCCGUCGUUCCACAGAGCCACGGCGGUCCUCGCCUCGCCGCGGCCCCGGACGCUGGCGCGGGGGCAAAUGCCGGCAAAGACUGCAGCCUCGCCGGCGAGGUUUAUCCCGGCGCGGCGAAGGGCAAGGAGCCGGUGGUCUAUCCGUGGAUGAAAAAGGUCCACGUUAGCAACGUCAAUCCCAAUUACACUGGAGGAGUGCCCAAGAGGUCCCGCACUGCCUACACCCGCCAGCAGGCUCUGGAGCUGGAGAAAGAGUUCCAUUUCAACCGGUACUUGACCCGGCGCAGGCGGGUGGAGAUUGCCCACACCAUGUGUCUGUCAGAGCGCCAGGUCAAGAUCUGGUUUCAGAACCGCAGAAUGAAGUGGAAGAAAGAGCACAAGCUUCCCAACACCAAGAUCCGCUCCUCCAGCUCGGCUUCGUCCUCCGCCUCGGGGUCCCAGCAGCAUCAGAUCAAAACAGGCCAACAGCUCGUCCCCACGCCGUGCACCGCGGGUCUAUAGUGGCCGAAUGAACCUCAUCCAACAAAAAACCCAAUCCAGACUGAGAUGGCAAAUAUCACAAGUGGAAUUUGAUGGACCGAUUCUCAGCAUUUUACACAUGGUGUUGUCUCUUUCACCUUGCCUCUGCCAUUGGGCCCCUGUCACGUCCUCUCUACCCCUUUCUCCUCUCCGGUCGUCUUCGCCCUCUUCAUAUAAGCUUGAAAUUCACCUUUAAUUGCCACGAUGGCAACUGAAGUGUUAUAGAUUUGUUUAUUAUCAUGAAAGAAGGAUAACGCACAUUACGUAUGACUAGGAUAAAAAUGUAUCAUUGCAGUUAAAAUCGAGAGAGUUAAAAGAAAGUUUGAACGCAUUUCUUAUGUUAUCUUUGAGUAUUUUUUUCCUGUUUUUUUUAAUUAUUUCUCAUGGAAAGCUCUAAUAUACUUGAAAGAUAUUUAGCGAGACUGUAGAUGGCUGUUUAGAGGUAUGGCAUCAGUCCGAGUAACAGUGUAGUUUGUGUGUUUGAGUCGGUUGGUUUACUGUUGAAUGUAGUCCAUGGUGACUUUCACAUUUAAUGUACAUAGGCAAAUCAUAACGAAGGCACAACAAGAGAAGCAUUUCGUCACGUAGAAAUCUGUGUGUUGGUAUUGUACGUUCUAUAGGUUUAUUUGUGCUACGGUCUAUUCUGUGUUGUGUUGUGUUCUAAACUGUGAAUAUGUGUAUGUGAUGUCUCGGUAAUGACCUUUGUGAUGUAGGCUAUAGUGUAGGGUCAGUCUGUCCUUGUGAAAUAAAUAUGAACUUCACUUGUAA